UACCAUUCCUCUAUCAGGUGUUCGGCGUGUUGUUGUUCCUCUGUUCUCAGCGAAAUAUUUUAGCACAUUAUUUUUGUGGUACCAAAUCUUGGAUUACCGGUUUUUGGAUUUAGGUUGAAAUGAGUUAUUUUGACGAAAUCGACGAUCCCCUUAAAAAAAUGAUCGAUGAAUAUGGACGACACAGGUUGACAGAUGUGUUGGAAGAAGACGGCGAAGAGGACCAAUCGGGCCGCACAUCCUGGAACGGUUCCGUAAAUCGCAAAAGAUACUCGUCUAGUAGCCCAGCUUCCUCUGUGGAUGCUCUUUGGGAACUUCACUCUCAUCGACUUAGCGAAGCAGGCCUUAGUCGCCAUUCAGAUUCCAGCGCUGUCUUAACUGAAGACACCGACAGCUUUAUAAUAGGCCAAAGAGUGUGGGUGGGUGGCAAUAAACCAGGACACAUUGCUUUCAUUGGGGACACAACAUUUGCCCCUGGAGAGUGGGCUGGCAUAGCCUUAGAUGAACCGAUUGGCAAAAAUGACGGCUCCGUUGGUGGCACUAGAUAUUUUAUGUGCGAACCUAAAAAGGGAGUUUUCUGCCGUCUUACUAGACUGACCAGGGUGCCUCUUGAUCAUGGAGGUUCUGCAGACAUAAGUACCCCUUCAUCACAUGUCGGGAGUCAUAGGAUGCUCGCCAUGUCACCAUCGCCUUCAGAAAGUUACAGAAGCAUGAUAAAAUCUCCUGGGUCUCCUUUUGACUCGAAUACAAGCUUGUCAUGUGCACAAGUGGACUACACGAUCGGAGAUCGAGUCAUAAUUAAAAGUGGCCAAGGUUCAAAAGUAGGAACUGUAAGAUAUAUGGGCCUGACACAGUUUGCCAAAGGAGAGUGGAUCGGGGUAGAAUUGGAUGAACCCAGAGGCAAAAACGACGGAUCUGUUAACGGGAUUAGGUAUUUCGAAUGCCAGCCAGGCUUCGGAAUUUUCUCUCCCAUCUCCAAGGUGAGCAAAUCUCCAUCGAAUGUAAAACCGAAUCACUGCCAAAUACAUUCUCCAACUGGGGGUUUGCCUCCCAGUGCCAUGAGAAGGGCUAGUUCGAGGGAAUCAAUGACAUCUAGUGUGUCAAUGAUGAGUUCCGCUUCAACUGCUCCUAGAAGGAAAUCGCCGACGACACCUACUUCGACUACCCGAUCAGUAGCAGCGCGAGCAGCCUGGCAGGGGUUACUUGACGAGAAGCAACAACACAUCGAACAACUGUUAAAGGAAAAAGACCUGGACAGGGCGGAAGCGACCAGAGCGAUCAGUCAAGCCAAUGAAGCAGAACGAAAAUUGCAGGAUUUAACUCAAAAAUUCUUAAAAUACCGAGAAGAAAGUGUAACUCAAAUCCAAAGACAUGUGCUCAUGCUCAACGAACUAAGAGAGAAUUGUCAGCACUUGGACAGUCAGCUCGAAGAUGAAAAGAAAAAGAACGAGGAUUGGCAAUUCAAGUACGAGGAAGCAGAAAUCAUGAGGGCUCACAUUGAGGCCCGUUCAGACACAACGAGCAAGGAAUAUGACGAUCUAGUUUCAGAACAAGAAAAAUUGAAGAAAGAAGCACUAGAAGAACUUGCAAACAUACGUGAAGAGCUGCAAAAGACUAAAGAUGCUCAAGCCAAGAAUGAGAAUUUAAUUAUUGAUUUGGAAACACAGGUGCAAACAACACAACUAGAAUUACAGGCUGCAAGGAAAGAAUUAUCAGAAUGCCAAGCCAACUUAAGUUGUGUCGAAAGGAAAUUUGAAGAGGAAAGAGGCGAAUUGCAUAAUUCGCUUCAAUCAAAAAUAUCAGAGGUUGAUAGUUUAGGAAAACAACUUUCACAUACCAUGGCUGCAGUGGAUCAAUCCUUAGCAGAGACUUCUGGCGAACUCGAGGAAAAAGUGCAAAUUAUUAAUCAGUUAAAUAACUCUUUGAUUCACCAAAAAGAAGCAACGGAUAAAAUAUUAAAUGAUCUUGUAGAACAACAUCAAAAAUCAUUAAAUGAGCAACAACAGCAUAUAAGUGAGUGGAAAAAUAAAGUUUCCCAAUUAGAGAACACUGUUGUAAAUAAAAAUACUGAACUUGAAAAAGUCAAAUCCGAAAUGGAACAUGUAUUGGAAACGCGCGAGGCAGAUGCCGAAAUAAUUAAAAAUUUGAAUGCCGAAAAUAAAAACAACAAUUUAUUGACUGUUGAAACACAGAAAGAAGAAUUUAAUAAGCUGAUAGCCGAAAGAGAUUCAAAUAUUUCCAGAAUAAAUACAUUAGUUGCUGAUAAAGAUGAACAAAUAAUUCAAUUGAAUAUUAAAAUAUCGGAAUUAGAAAACAUUAUUAGAAAUAAAAAUAUUGAGUUUGAAAAAGUGAAAUCCGAAAUGGAACUUGUAUUGGAAAAACGCAAGGCAGAUGCCGAGAUAAUUUUAAAUUUAAAUGCCGAAAAUAAGAACAACAAUUUAUCGAAUGUUGAAACGAAUUUGAGACAAGAACUUGACAAUCUUAAGUUACAACUUGAAAACGUCACUGAAAAAUUGAAUGCAAAAACUUCUGAGACUGAAAAUAUUAUUCAAGAGAAAAAUUCCAUUAGCUUGAAACUUGAAGAUAAAAUCAAUGAACUUAACAGAGUUGAAAGUGAAUUAAUUUUACGAACCGAUGUUGUAGAACAAAAACGAAUCAACGAAAGCAGUUUAGAAGAGCAGCUUAACGAAGCCAAAUUAGAGCUAAAUUCUAAACUAGCCAAAUUAUUAGCGGAUAAGGAUGAAUUAAAAAAUGUUGCUCAAAGUUUAGAAGAGAAACUUGACCAGGCAAAUAUUGCAUUGGCUGAAAAAACUAAACAAGUAGUUGAAAAAGAUGAUGCAAUUAUUCAAUUGAAUGAGAACCAAAAGAAGAUGAAUGAUAAAAUGGACAAUUACGAGAAAGAUGUACAGACCAAAUCAGAAGAAAUUCAUAAAUUAAAUCAAGAGAUUGAGCAUAAAAAUAGUUUAUUAAUGGCUAACACCGAACAGGUUAAUCAUUUGACCGAACUAAUGUCAAAUGAAGAGAACAAUUUGAAGAAAACACUAGAUACGCUAGAAUCAGAACAUCAACGCUUGGAACUCGAUUCACAAAUAUCAGAACAAAAGUUGGCAAAAUUGGAGUCUGAAAACAAAUUGCUCAAUUUGAGAGUUCAAGAAAGCUCGAAUCGGAUUACUGAACUUGAGCAAAAGCUUUCAGAAAAAGAUGGGCUCAUAAUAUCGCUAAAAAUGGAAAAGGAAGAAGUUAAAGCUAAUAGUGAACAGGCAUCAGCAGAACACACCGAAAAAGUUAUUAAAACUAUUGAAACUGAAUUCGAAAAGAAAAUGUUGGAAAGUAACCUUCAAUGGGAAGCGAAAUAUAUGGAUUUGGAGACAGAACUGAUCGCACUGAAGGAUCGGUUGGCGGAGCAACCUACCCCUAGCACAAUAGCGAUUGACGGACCCAGUGGAAGUGUGGUUAAAGCUGAGGACACUCCUGAAUACAGAAAGCUCCUUGAAGCUAAAUCUUACUCCGAUGCCCAACUUGAUUUCUUGAAUUCCAUCAUUGUCGAUAUGCUAAAGAAAAAUGAAGAGCACACAAUAAGGAUAAGUUUAUUGGAGCAGGGAUAUAGUCCGGCUGGUGCUGCAAGCCUCAGAGAAGCUGGUUCUCAGGCUGAAAGGCAAGUAGCUCCUAGAAAGUACUGUGAUAUAUGCGAAGAGUUCGACCUGCAUGAGACGGAGGAUUGUCCGAAGCAGGACUCAGAAGAACCUUGUUGCAGUACUCAGUCAGGCAAAGAGAAAAAAGAAAAGCCACCUCCUAGGCCUUACUGUACCAUCUGCGAAGAGUUUGGUCAUGACACUGAAGAUUGCACUGUCAGCCAGGAAUUUUAGGCUAUUUUAGUUUUUAAAACACUAUUAUACCAAACAGGUGCCCAUUGCUUAUUUUUAUAUUUUUGUAUUUCUCUUGAAUUUAUUUAUGAUUGGAACAAUCGGUGAUAAAAUAAAAAAAGCAAUGGAUCUAACCUAUUACCCUUAUUUUUACGUAGCUGUAGUCCUCAUUUUAUGAUUUUUUUUAAAUUUAGUUUGAUGGAAAGGUUUGCCCAUUGCUCAUUUUUGUAUUUCUGUAUUCUGUCAGUGAGAGAUUACUGAGGUUAUUUCUGAUUGGCACAAUCAGUGAAAAAAAAAAUAUUUUGAUAAAAAGGUGUGCCCAUUUCUCUUCAGUUUAUUUAUAAUUGGCACAAUUGGUAAUAAAAAAAAGCAAUGGAAUUAGGUUGUUUUGUGAAAAAAAUAAAUAAUUUAUUUUAAUAAAAGAGUGUCCAUUGCUCAUUUUUGUAUUUCUCGCCAGUUAAUGUCUCACUGAGGUUAUUUCUUAUUGGCACAAUCAGUGAUAAAAUAGGAAAAGCAAUGGAUCUAGCCUAUUCAACUUAAUUUUAUGUAGCUCUAGUCCUCGUUUUGUGAAAACGCUUAUUUAUUUUGAUAAAAAGGUGUGCCCAUUUCUCUUGAGCUUAUUUAUGAUUGGCACAAUUCGUGAUAAAUUAAAAAAAGCAAUAGAUCUAACUGAUUUAACUUAGUUUUUGUAUCUGUCGACAUCGUUUUGUUAAUAAAAUAAAUUUAUUUUGAUAA